AUGACUAGUCGGGGCUUUAAUGCUGCCGCCACGAGGAACCGAAAAAAGUAUCUGCAGCUUCUGAGGGAGACUGCGGAGGUGGCGGUUUCAGAGGGAACGACUUUUUUUGGUGUAAAUGGUGUUCUCAAGACAUCGUCGAGGAUCCGUCUUCAUGAGGCGGCCCUGAAACUUCCGGAGAAUUGGGUAAGGAACUCCACUACGCGUUUGCAAACGUCGCUUGAGGGAGUCGUUCCAAGGGAGAAACUUCUUACCAACGACUUGUUUCUGUGCGCACUCAUACAUCCAAGUUAUGUGAGCUCGCGAUCGGUGCGUGCGUCGGUGGCGAUGCCCAUCGAAUUGACGUUGACAGGGUCAUCUACUUUGCGUUUGCUGAAAGAGGUUGCGGCUGUGCACGGUAUGGCGGGGCUUCUAGCGACGGAGGAAAUUGCGGGGAUUCCUAGCGGGCUUCAUGUGGAGGAUCUCCUGCUCUAUGAAAAGUCCAUGUUUGAGCCGUGUGGCCAAAUUCCACCUGAGGAGGUGCGAAUGGCUGCGGCAACAGCGUUGUGCGGCGCGGUGGUUCUCUCGGAGGGAAUCUGCUCCGCUACCGCCCUAUUGGAUCGGCUGCGUGAAGGAAAAAAGGAGUGA